GUUCAUAAGUACCUACCUCGUCUUCUCCUUCAUCCCCUUUCGGUACCACAUGGUCUCCUUGUUGUACUGCCGCUUCCCUCAUCACUAGUCUCAACAUGACACUAGCAUCUCAGCUCUUCGGCUUCCCCAGCCUCACACUCGCCGCGGCCGUCGAAGCCCUCUUGGCCAUCAGGCUGUAUCCUGAUUAUGUCCGCUCACAUGGCCACCUCAUGGCCGUGGUCGGUGCGAUCUUGGUCAACUAUGCGUUUGGCAUCGUCUUCUGGGCGUUUCUGUACCCGAGAUUUUUUAGCCCCCUGCGCCGAAUUCCUGGCCCUAAAGCGCUACUCAGCGCCGCCUACAUAUCUCUGAUCGUCAAGGAUGGCCCCGGGGGUAACCUCUUCCUGGAUCUCGCCGAGCGCUAUCCGGAUCAAGAUCUGAUCGCCCUCGACGCCUUUGGGCGCCAGAUCCUCGUUGCUAAGCCUCGCCUGCUGGCCGACCUGCUCGUCCACAAGUGCUACGACUUCUCCAAGCCGAAGAGGAUCAGCGCGUUUCUGCGCCGCAUCAUCGGCGAUGGCCUGAUCACCCUCGAGGAGGACCAGCACAAGUUCCUCCGGAAGAACACCAUGCCUGCCUUCCACGCCCGCCACAUCACGGAGCUGUAUCCGAUGAUGUGGGCCAAGGCCGGCAUCCUGAUGCGCGCGCUGAACCGCGAGAUCGCCAACGCCGCUGGCGCCGAGUCCAAGGGCUCGGCCGUCCUGGAACUGACGAGCUGGGCGAGCAAGGUCACGCUCGACAUCAUCGGCGUCGCCGGCAUGGGCCGCGCCUUGAACGUGGUCGAGAAGGCGAGCGAUCCGCUGCAGGAGAUCUACGAGCAACUCCUCGAGCCGGACCGCGAGAAGCUCAUCUUCGCCACGCUCUGCCUCGCGGUCGGCUUUCCCGUCAUCAGGAUGUUUCCCUGGAAGAUGAACGAUCUCUUCGUCUACCUUAUCUCUUCGCUGGACAACAUCUGCCGGGACCUGAUCCGGGAGAAGAGACGGGCCAUCCAACAGGACAAGGACGACCACUUCGACAUUCUGUCGCUCCUGAUCAAGUCCAACAACUUUGACGACGAGGUCCUCAAGGACCAGCUCCUCACCUUCCUGGCAGCAGGACACGAAACCACCGCCUCGGCGCUGACCUGGUCGUCCUACCUGCUGGCCAAGCACCCGGAGUACCAGCAGAAACUGCGGGACGAAGUGACCGCGGCGCUGGGCGAGAUCAUCACCGCGCAGCAACAACAACAACAACAGCCCCCACCAUCCGCCGACGUCCUGGCGGGCACGCUGCGGCAGCUGCCGUACCUGAACGGAGUAAUGCACGAGACGCUGCGGCUGUACCCGACGGUGCCGCUGACGAUGCGGGAGGCGCUGCGCGACACGCGGCUGGGCGAGCAGGCGGUGCCGCGGGGCACCGAGGUGGUGGUGUCGAUCUGGCAGAUCAACCGGUCGCGUGAGAUCUGGGGCGCCGACGCGGCGGCCUUCCGGCCCGAGCGCUGGAUCAACGCGGACGACGGCAGGGCCAACAGGCAUGGCGGGGCGAAGAGCAACUAUGAUUUUCUCACCUUCCUCCAGGGCCCGCGCAGCUGCAUCGGCCAGGAGUUCGCCAGGGCCGAGAUGCGCUGCUUGCUGGCUGCGCUGGUCACGUCGUUUGAGUGGGAGCUGGCCAUGGACGAGGACAGCGCCGUGCCCAGGGGCGUCAUCACCAUCAAGCCGGAGCAUGGCAUGUACUUGAGGAUGAGGCCGCUGCGGCAGGGGGUUUGAGGAGUGGCUGGCUAUCGUCCGGCGGUGAUGUAGCAUGAUACUGAUGAUUUCGAAUGUCGAGUGUCAAGGUAUGUCACCGGGGAGUCUGAAUGGUUUAGUUAUGGCUCUAUGCUGUCGUUACUUAUUGUCACGACAUAGAAUACAUUUCCUCCGCCACCGCUCAC